GAUAUAAUAUUUGUUCACAUGAAUCGGUGGUUGUUUAUAUCUUUACGAUUUUACCCCUGACUAAAAUCACAUGAAAAAGGAACCAAACCGAUCAGCCAAUAGGCUUCAUGAGAGAAAUGAAAUCACCUCCCUCUUCCUCUCCCUCUUCUCUUCUCAGAAAAUCUCGUCUUUCUCCUUUCCUAUUCACUUUAUUAGCCUUCAUCAUUUUUGUUGUUAUUAUUUACAGUGAAGUCUUCAGCUUCACUUUUAGCCAACGUCACCCCAAACUCUCUGGCUCUAAUUACAAUUCCAUCUCAAGAAUCAAGAAGAAGGAGAAGUUGCCAUUUGCUAUUGAAGAGAGAGGAGAAGGGUGUGACGUGUUAAGCGGAAAGUGGGUUUGGGACAAGAGCGGGGCGUUAUACGAGGAGUUUGAGUGUCCUUACAUACAACCUCAGUUAACAUGCCAACAACAUGGUCGACCAGACAAAGAUUAUUUACACUGGAGAUGGCAACCUCAUUCUUGCUCUCUUCCAAGUUUCAAUGCAACAUCAAUGCUGGAAAACCUUCGAGGGAAGAGGAUGUUAUUCGUUGGCGAUUCCUUGAACAGAGGACAAUUUGUUUCCAUGGUUUGCCUCCUCCAUAGACUCAUUCCUGAGAAUGCCAAAUCCAUGGAAACUUUUGGUUCCCUCACCGUGUUCACUGCAAAGGAUUACAAUGCAACAAUUGAGUAUUACUGGGCUCCAUUUCUGCUGGAAUCAAAUGCUGAUGAUGCAGUCAUACAUAGGAUUACUGAUAGGAUUGUCCGUAAAGGUUCAAUAAAUAAGCAUGGUAAAUUUUGGAAAGGAGCUGACAUAAUUGUGUUCAACACUUAUCUUUGGUGGAUGACUGGCAUGCCAUUCAAGAUUUUACAAAAAGGGUCUUUCAAGGAUGAAGUGAAAGACAUAGUGGAAGUGUCAACAGAGGAUGCGUAUCGCAUGACAAUGAAGAGUAUGUUGAGAUGGGUGAAGAAGAAUAUGGAUCCAAAGAAAACCAGAAUAUUUUUCACUGGCAUGUCACCCUCUCAUUCCAAGAGCAUAGAUUGGGGAGGUGAAGCUGAUGGGAAUUGUUACAAUGAAACCAUGAUGAUAGAGGAUCCAAGUUACUGGGGAUCAGAUAGCAGCAAAAGCGUAAUGCAAGUGAUUGGAGAAGUAUUUAGUAAAUCAGAAGCGUCCGUAACGUUUCUCAACAUAACACAGCUAUCAAGUUACAGGAAAGAUGCACACACAUCAAUUUACAAGAAGCAAUGGAAUCCAUUGACAGCAAAGCAACUAGCAAAUCCUGUUAGCUAUGCUGAUUGUACACAUUGGUGUUUGCCUGGCCUUCAAGAUACUUGGAAUGAACUUUUAUUCGCUAAGCUAUUUUAUCCUUGACGUUUGGAUAUAUUUGUAUUAUGACAAUUUUAACAUGGUUGUGGAGGAGGAUGAGAGCAAUAAUAGUGGUAGAUCUAUCCUAGACGCGAAUGAUUAAUUCGACAAAAUUCAUUGUGUUUAGCUCGGAUUAUAUGUAUGUAUGUGAGAAAAAAGUUAGUACAUAUAUAAACAGCAGAACCCACAAAUUCUAAAUUUUGAAUUCGCUA